AUGGACACGUUGGCAAACGAGCUGAGGAUUGUGGAGGCAGCAGGGCUGCACAAGAACUUGGUCCACUGCUAUGGCGGAUGCCUGGAAGGGCCCAAUGUCUUCAUUGUGGAGGAGCUGAUGAACAAGACCUUGCACAACUUGGUGUACUCCAACGAGUGGGGUCCUCUGCGAAUGCCGUUGCGUCAGAUUCUGAGGCUAGCGGUGGAUUGCACUGCGGGCCUUUGCCAACUGCGCCCAAAGAUUAUGCACAGGAACCUCAGGCCGCAGGCUCGUUUUGUGGCUGGGAUAUUCCUUGGACUUCUUUCCAUGCAUGGGGUCAUUCACACUCUGAUCCACAGAAUUGUGUCACGUACUGCUUUUUGUGAUAGGGCAGCCCAGUUGUGCAAGUAA